GGCGCGGUGGAUGCGCACGUCAGCGUUGGGAGAAGGAGUGAGGCCCGGGGCCCACCGUGGUUCUGUCUCUCUAAUGUAUGUGCUGUUGGAGAAUCGGCACCCUCGAUUGGGGGCAUGGAAUGGGGGCGGUAGGAAAAAUCCCUGGAGACCUUGGCGACAACACCCGUGGUUAAAAUGGCGACAGGAGAAGGGAGUGUAGUAGAAGCGGCCUAUCCCCGACCUCGAGUGACCAACUGCGCCGUUGUUGCCUGCCUGAGAGGCGGGUGCAACAUGAAGGAAACCGCAGAGAGUCUCGGGGCCCUCGGCCUUCGGUCAUCGAUCUAACGGAGAGUUGUGACGGAUCUCCGUUUUUCUGUGCGAAUUUAUAGUCUAUUUUAGGCCGACACCCUGCUUCUAAUUGUUUAUGACCUUGCAUUAAAAGAUAACCACAAAAGAUGUUUUACGCUCACUUUGUGUUGAGCAAACGUGGGCCGCUAGCCAAAAUUUGGCUUGCAGCCCAUUGGGACAAGAAGCUCACCAAAGCCCAUGUGUUUGAAUGUAAUCUGGAAAGUAGUGUGGAGAGCAUAAUUUCUCCAAAGGUCAAGAUGGCUUUGCGAACCUCUGGACACCUUUUGCUGGGUGUGGUGAGGAUUUAUCACAGAAAAGCUAAAUACCUGCUGGCAGACUGCAAUGAAGCAUUCAUAAAGAUUAAGAUGGCUUUCCGUCCAGGAGUGGUGGACCUUCCAGAAGAGAACCGAGAAGCUGCAUACAAUGCUAUUACUUUGCCUGAGGAAUUCCAUGAUUUUGACCAGCCGUUACCUGACUUAGAUGAUAUUGAUGUGGCUCAACAGUUUACCUUGAAUCAGAGCAGAGUGGAAGAAAUCACCAUGCGAGAGGAAGUGGGCAACAUAACUUUACUUCAGGACAAUGACUUUGGUGAUUUUGGUGUUGAUGAUCGUGAGAUAAUGCGAGAAGGCAGCACAUUUGAAGAGGAUAUAAUGGGAAGUACCAGUGAUUCUAAUCUGUUGUUGGAGCCAGUGCAAAAUACCACAGCUCAGCUGGCUGAGAAAAGUAACCACUUGGCGUAUGAUGAUCCCCUCAAAAACGAUGGAUUCGGAGAUGGAAUUGAUGGUGGAAUUCUUGAUGACAAACUUUUAAGUCAUGAUGAUGGUGGUAUUUUUGAUGAUCCACCGGUGUUACCUGAUGGAGGAGUUUUAAUGCCAGAGGAACCUAUUCAUAAUGAUGAUGAAGAUGAUGUUAUGUCCAUAGGCCCUGACAGUCCAGAUUCUGAUGAUCCAGUUGAACCUCUACCAACGAUGACCGAUCAGACAACUUUAGUACCAAAUGAAGAGGAAGCAUUUGCUUUGGAGCCCAUUGAUAUAACUGUUAAGGAAACAAAAGCCAAAAGGAAGCGGAAACUGAUUGUGGAUAGUGUAAAGGAACUGGACAGUAAAACCAUUCGGGCACAGUUAAGUGACUAUUCUGACAUUGUAACCACGUUGGAUCUUGCACCACCUACCAAGAAACUUAUGAUGUGGAAAGAAACUGGUGGUGUGGAGAAGCUGUUCUCACUUCCAGCUCAGCCUCUCUGGAAUAACAGGUUGCUGAAGCUUUUUACACGGUGCCUCACACCAAUUGUCCCAGAUGAGCUAAGGAAAAAGAGAAAAGGAGGUGAAGCAGACAACUUGGAACAAUUCCUAAAAGAGAUUGAAAAUCCAGAAGUGCCAAGGGAGGAGCAGCAGCCACAACAGCAGCAGCGUGAUAUAAUUGAUGAACCCAUCUUGGAAGAGCCCAGUCGUCUACAGGAAUCUAUAUUGGAGAGCAGUAGAACUACACUAGAUGAGUCAAUUAUGCCCCCACCACAGAGAGUCGUUAAACGUAAAUCGAAGGAAAUGGAACCUGAACCAACAGUACCUCAAGAUGAGCAACAGCAGCCACAGCAGCAAGAACAGGAACUGCAGAUUCCACGAGUAGAGCUUCCUCCAGAGGAACAACUGCACAUCACUGACCUUGUUCCAGAACUUGCUGUUCUACCAGAGAAAAAAGAAAAAGAUGAAGAAGAGGAAGAGGAGGAAGGAGAAACUGUGGGAGGUGACCAGGAUCAGGAAGAGAGGCGGUGGAACAAAAGAACCCAGCAAAUGCUUCAUGGUCUACAGAGAGCUUUGGCUAAAACGGGAGCUGAAUCUAUUAGCCUGGCAGAUUUAUGUCGAAAAAACAACCGAAAACAAGCAGCUGCAAAAUUUUACAGUUUUUUGGUACUUAAAAAGCAACAGGCAAUUGAGCUUACGCAGACUGAGCCUUACAGUGACAUUAUUGCAACUCCAGGACCAAGAUUCAACAUAGUCUGAUCUGGUUAAUCUUGAAUGACUAGUGUGUAUUCACUAGAUAUGUAUUGCCCCAUAUGGGGAUUCGAGACCAUACAAUACUUUAAAUUGGUUUUAAUGUAUAUUGAGUUAAAAGAUUAUUUUGAACAGAAAACUUAAUUUUUUGGGAUUAGGUGUGUUAUUCCAGUGUUUAUGGCAAAUACAAGUAACUCACACUCCUUGACAGGUUUUGUACUGAAUCAUGAUUGGAGAUAUACAUUAUGUUUCAGGUAUAUUAUGAAUACAUUUCUGUGCAGACAUAAUUAUGGCUUUGUUGAUUGCAUUAUUCAGAAAUGAUACCUGUGUUACACCACUGCUGCUGGUAAACUCUCAAGAUUUUGGUUAAUGAAGUUCAUAUAUCUACAACACAGUAGUAGAGAUGUUGAUAUUCAACACUUGCACUUAAUUUAACUUUUAGAUUUGUGUGCUGGUUCCUCUACAUUGACAUACUUUCAUAAGUCUACCAGUAUGCCCACUAUCACUGGAAUUACAAACUAUCUGUUAAACCGCAACCAAGAAUAUAUGAAAUAUUAAUUUUAAAUACAUACUCAUAAUUUUAGGAUGCUUUAACAGUCUGGAGUGUUACAAUGCUGUUUUAAACAUAAUGUGCCUGUAAGCUUAUAUUCUCUUUUUGUAUAAAAUGUGUAGAUAAUUUUUAAUGGAUGUUUAAUUAUGGAAAAGGUGAAAGCUUUCAUUUUAAGCAGCAUUUUGCUUAUGCUACUGAGUCUCUAGUUUGUUGCUUAAUUAGGUCAUUAAAUGUUGCUGAACAGUGAUGGUUCAUGCUGUUAUACAUAACUUUUCUAAUAAAAUACUUGUUACAAUAUCGAUGGUUUUUGUUUCUUGAAACGAAUUUUAGACACCUGACUUAAUAUCAUUUUCAUGAUAUGAAAGUAUUGUAUCUUGACACUUCUGCACAUGAAUCAUUCUUGAUGGGACUAACUGUUGGGAAGUGGAAUUGCCAUUAAUAAUUUGAGCAAACAGUUUUGAGUCCUACAGUUGUUUAAACUUGGAAAAAGAUAAAGAAAUUAUUUCAAGUAUAUGUACCUCAAGCAAAUUUUAAAUGAAGUAUUUUCAAUUCCAGUAAUUUUAUAUUGCCUGCAAUGUUCAACAUUUUAAAGAAAAACAUUAAAAGCAAUUUUUUCAUAUUGAA